AUGACCGACUCGACCCCUCACAAGACCUCCGACAUGGCUAGCGUCGCUCGCAACCUCGCCAAGUGGGCGUACUCGUACAAGCCAAACGCGGACGACCUCGCGCUCGCCGACCGCGCGCUCAAGGACACUGUCGCCGUCGCGCUAGCCGCGCGCCAGCACCCGCUGAAGCAGAUCGUGUCUGGCCUCUCGCCCGCGGCGCGCUGGGCCGCCAUGUCCCACGUCCUCGACUUUGACGACCUGCACAUCGAGACGACGACGCACAUCUCGGUCGUCACUGUCCCCGCCACGCUUGCCGCUGAGGGAGACGCCCGCGCUUACCUUGCCGGUGCUGGAGUGUUUGCGCGCCUUGCCGAGGGCUUUGGCUGGAACCACUACGCCAACGGAUGGCACAUCACUUGCACUGCAGGUGCCCCCGCUGCCGCCGUCGCUGCCGGUAUCGCGAAGGGUCUCAGCGAGGAGCAGCUCGCUACUGCCAUCGCUCUCGCCGUCCCCGCUGCCGGAGGUGUCCAGGAGGCGUUCGGCACGCACGGCAAGUCGCUCCAGGUCGGCUUCGCCGCCGACGCCGGUGUGCGUGCCGCUGACCUCGCCUCGCGCGGAGCCACUGCCGCCACCGCCGCCGUCGAGAGCUGGAUGGACAAGCUCGGCGGCAAGCCCGGCAACGUUGGCGCUCAGCAGACUCCCGCUGUCCCCGGCGGCCUCGCGAUCAAGAUGUUCCCAUGCUGCUACGCCAUGCAGCGCCCCAUCGCCGCCAUCCGUGACCUGAAGCCGAUCGACUACAAGAAGCUCACGAAGAUUGUUGCCCGCACGCCCGCCGGCGUCAUCCACCCGCUCAUUUACGACUUCCCCGAGACCGGUCUCGCGGGCAAGUUCUCGCUGCAGUACUCGAUCGCGACGGCGCUGCUGGACGACUACCCCGGCUUCGAGUCGUUCACGGACAAGAUGGUGCAGCGCCCCGAGGCGCAGGAGCUCAUGCGCAAGGUCGAGGUGCAGAAGGAGGACACGCCGAUCGAGAACCUUCUCGACGACAAGAUCAACCUCGAGCUCCACUACGAGGACGGCACUGUCACCAAGACGUCGCUCGAACUCCCGCCCGGCGCGCCCCGCCGCCCGCCUACCGAGGAGCAGCUGGAGGAGAAGCUCAAGUCGUGCGGCGACGACGUCCCCGGCCUUCUUAAGGGUAUCUCGUGGGCCGACGGCACGCGCAUCAUGAAGGACGCCUUCUAG